AUGUUGAUCUUCUCAACAUUAUCUAUGCCAGUUUUAUCAUUAGAAUGUUAUUCUUGCAAGGAAUCCUUUGUACUUAAUUACAUAGUGACAAGUAAUACAGUUCCUACGUUUACUGGUUGUCAGUUAUUUAAUGCGUCUGUUUGUUAUAUGAAAGUCACUUGGGAUCAAAAUAACAAUCGAACUUUGAUCGUAAUCGAUCUUGCAUCUAUGUCAUCAGCGAAAAAUGUCGUAGACACUCCCGAUUUUCUUGCUACAGGAGUGAAAAUGCAAGUUGUACCUCAUCAGGAGCACAUAAACUUUGAACAUUCUCUUGUAUUUGUUUGCACAACAAUUAAUAGAGGCAACAAUGAAGAAACUUUGAAGCGAAUCCUUCGUUCACUUGUCAUCGAAGAUCAAUUUCGUAAAGAAAUAUAUCCACUUCUUAAGACUGUCUCUCCAUUUGAUUCAAAAGCGGCAGAAUGCUUUGACUUUCACAAUGGUACAUCUAGUUGUCCUCAAAAAGAUCUUAAUAAGUGUCAACGAUGUUAUGGUAGUACUAGCAAUGAUCUUUCAUCAAAUGAUGUAGAAUUCUGUCAAACAUGCCCUGAUACACAAGACUAUGCAAAUUCAGCAUAUCAUUCUUCUUCAUUUGAGUUAAAGUCUCAUAAACGAACGGAAGAUGAAAUUGUCCUUACAUGCCAACUGAAGAGAUGCAAUUCAAUUGAUAAUAUCAAUAGAGUUGUAAAAGCAAGCAAAAUUACAUUUGACUUUGAUGAAUUCUAUAAAAUUACAUCAAACAAUAUUGUCUGA